CUUGAUGCAAGACGGAAUGGCGGCUGCAGCGGCUGCAGCAGCAGCAGCAGCUGCCGCCGAGUUCGAUGAGCGAAGUGCAAACGCCUCCAGUGUCUACCUGCCCAGUUGUCCCGCGUACUACAUGCAGAGUGGACACCACCACCACCACCACCAUCCCCACCACCAUCCUCACCACCAUCACCAUCCACACCACCACCACCACCGGCCAGAGCACUUCUCCCCGUAUCGCGCAGCGUAUGGAGGCACAUCAGUCCAAGACAACCACAACCACCACCACCACCACAAGUACAUUGGACGGGUCGGUGGCACAGCUAGUGCUGGCGGUGCUGCUGCUGUUGCUGCUGCUGCUGCAGGAGGUUGCGGCGGCGGUGAUGGUGACGGUGGUCUGGCAAUAUCAGCUGUGGCUAACGGCGCUGCUGCUGGCGCUGAUGGUGGUGGCGGUGGCGGUGGGAGCAGCAGCAACAACAACAGCAUCAGCAACAACAGCAUCAGCAGCAGCAACAACAGCGUCGCAGCAGCCAGCGACGAAGUGGCAGCGCACUCGUUCUCCGGCCACGGCCCCUCGGGGGACCUUCUGCACCCGCAGCAGCGCGCAGACUUCGCCGCACACGCGGAACUGGCGAUGUUGAAGGGCGGCAGCGCCACCACCACCACCGCCGCCGCUGCGUCUGCCACGGGUGGCGGUGGUGGUGGUGGCGACCAGCUGUACAGACACUACUUCUCAUCGCCGACGUCGGCACACGCCGCCUACGCGCAAGCCGCGGCCGCUGCUCAUGCGGCGGCAGCGGCGGCGGCGGCGGCUUCGCGCGGAACGGGAUUCUUCAGCGCGGUGGGGCGCAACGGGGUCCUGCCGCAGGGCUUCGAUCAGUUCUUCGAAGCGGCGUCGUACGACGGGGUGAUGGAGGGCAUCGCUGCUGCUGCUGGCGGUGGUGGCGCUGGAGCGAUGCAAAUGCAUUUGCACGAUUUGAAUCAUUGUGGGGAGCACGGGGAGGUGGGUGGCGGUGGUCAUCAGCAGCAGCAGCAGCAUCAUCAUAAGGGGGCAGCCGAGAGAGAGGGAGGAGAGAGGAAGGGCGAGGGGGAAAGUUCGCCGGGGCACAGGAGUGGCGGUGGAGGUGGCGAAGCGGCGAGCGGGGGAGACGCGAGCCCCGCUCCGCACUCGCGAGCCGCCUCCGACACAGCGGGGACAGCGGCGCCCGCCCCUGCUGUCCGCGUGCGUAAGAAGCGCUGCCCCUACACCAAGUUCCAGAUCCGCGAGCUGGAGCGAGAGUUCUUCUUCAACGUCUACAUCAACAAGGAGAAGCGCCUGCAACUGUCGCGCCUCCUCAACCUCACCGACCGACAGGUCAAGAUCUGGUUCCAGAACCGGCGGAUGAAGGAGAAGAAGCUGAACCGGGACCGUCUGCAGUACUACGCAGGGAACCCAUUUUUAUAGAGGGAGCAAGGGGAGUGGUGUGGGUGGUGUGAGUGGUCGGCCAGGGGCUGAUCGCUUCCUCGCCACCGCUGUUGGUGGUGUUGGUGGCUGUACUCAGAGCCGUCUCUAGCGCACGGCAAAUUGGGGCGUUCGCCCCGGGCCCCGCGCUUUGGGGGGGAGUUUAA